AUGACGGUCCUUGAAGGUCUAUCUGAUUCCCAUGCUGCUCUCUUAGCCGUGCAACUCUGUCUGAACGGAGAUGUAUCAGGGCUCCCGCUUCUCAAAUCCCAGUUUCCCCAUACCCUCCACUUGGAACUACUAUUCCGAAUAAUCCUUACGUUUCUACCAGAGAUCACGGAGCCUGAACAAUAUAUUCAAGUGAUCAAGCAGCUUGUCGAUGACUCUUCUGCUCCGGAUCGCAACUUGGACACAGAUGUUGCCGCUAUUCGAGAAAUAUCCGAACCCGAUGCUCGAAAACAAGUUCGACACUUAAAAUUACUUCCCCUUCGCCGUCCACACCUUAAUAUCGAUGUCUCCGAACCGCCUCUUAUUCAGUUUUUGAUCCAUCGAGCGCAUAGAAUUGAUACCGAAGUUGGCUUACAGCUAUAUAUCCUCGAACUCGUGGACCCGUUUAUCUCGGACUCAACUACACUUCGCGACUGGACGAUUUCUGUUGUCUUGCCCGCUAUACGAUUCAACUACGAAUAUCACCCUGACAAUGAAGGAGCAUUAUCACUAGAACUAGUAGAAUCACUGGAUUCGAGAAGUGCAGUGAACAUCUUGCUUUCUGCGGUUGAGCCACAUGCGAAGGGAGGAGAUGUUGGUAGGGACUUGAAGGGGCUUGUCGGCCCAUGGAUGUACGGACAUGUCAAAUCGAAAAGGCGGAAACUUGACAAGACCGACCCAAAUAGCAGCACCGAUUCCGUCGAAGUUGGCUGGCAAGACGUAAACGAGUGGAUAUUAUCAACAAGCAUUCGGGACUUUCACUUGGCCAUUGAGGCAGUUGAGCAGUGGUCAGGGCCAGGAGACAUCAAUCUCGGGGAUUAUGAUGGGGCUCAGGAUGGAGACCUAUCCGAAGACAUGGGAAGGAGGCUAAUGUUCCGUUAUGCGCAAGCAGGCCUUGCGUCAAUAUACGCACUUUCUGAUGGCGGUUUUGGACUUAUAUCGGGUGCCUCACGCAUAUUAUCGAGAGUCGCUGAUUUUACUAAAUUUGAUGACCAGUUACAUAUCAACAGCGCUGGCAUUCAUCCUCUGUCACUCCAUAUACCAGAACUUGAGAAAGUAUCACGGCAACACCUCCUCCAUAACAUGCUCCUAAACCCUUCAAACCCUCUCACAUACCCCACGAAAGAGUCAAUAUCGUUCACAGACGCCAUACUGGUAUCCAUCCGAAUACUUGAUCAGUAUGGCCGCUGGAUGUCGCCUCGAGCAGCAGCGGAGUUGAUGCUAUUGGGGCAGGCUGAUGCACAGUUCUAUGAAUUGCGAAAACUGCUCGAGACUCUUAACCACCAACACCCUCCGCCUAAAGAUUGGAACCAGGUUAGGGAGAGCUUGCUUUGGCUGCAUAGUUGGGGAGGCAGUACGCAGCCAGAAGUACCGCAAGGAUUGUUCUGGAAGAUUCCCCUGUUGAAACUAGAACGAGAGAUCUUUAUUGCUAUCUUGACGGCAAGGGAGUACAAUCUUGCUGCAGAUGUAUAUCUCAGCUCAUCAAGUUCCACGCCUCUUCCUCGAGAAGAGAUCGAAUCGGCUGUGACGGAGACUAUAUUUGCUGCGUAUGACAAUGCGACCAAUGGCAACAAAACCAGAGGUGGCAUGAAGCGAGCAGCAGACCUGCUCGAAGCAUUUACCCCAUACUUCCCACAGUCUGUCCCGUUUCAGCAGAUCAGCAGCUUGCUCUCUGCAACCCACGCCCUAUCAUUCUACUCGCUGACGCUUCAGCAUGGCGUACCCUUCCAACCUGUCAGCAUCCGUGUCCACCAGGACCCGAUUUCGUUGAUUGAAAAAGUCCUAGAGCAGAACCCAAAGGGAUAUACACAGCUUGACGAUCUAUUGGCGAUUGGACGAAAUUUGGUAGCAGCAGGUCUCCCUACAGGGAUGGUGGGAACAAGUUCAGAUUCCUCCCCCAGUAAGGCUGUCGUAUCAGCAGAGAGGCGAAUAAUGUCCCUUGCCAUCGCCGCUGCAGUGAACGCGUCUGACUUUGAUACUGCAUACUCCUACGUUGUCACACGGGUGAUACCCCCGUCUCUAGUUCCCGGCAGCGAGAGAGGCGAAAGAGGACAUGCACAAGGCGAAGGCGAAGGCGAAGACGAUGAUAUCUCAUGGCGCUCGGCGUACAACACCGGCCGUCAUCCACCGACUGGCAAAGAAGCGCAGGAGACGACGACGCUCGUCUCCAGGAUUGCACGCCUUUCACAGCGCAUGGAACUGCUCUCCCUGGCCCUAGUCCUGGCCCCGGCUGCCGAGUACCUCCCCGAGAUCUUAGCUGUCUGGCGACGGUGCGAAGAAGAGAUGUCGUCUCUCCAGGAACAGGAGAUGCAAGAAGCAGAGAGCUGGGACUACCAGGGCGAUCGGCAGGGCCGAAUGGGCAUGGGAGGUGGUGCUGCCCUUCCCGGCGGCUUCGGCCCGUCCAGCAGCGAGCUUGACGCUCUUGACACAGAACUCGAGCGGGAACGACGAGCACGUUCCACACGGCAGCCCCAGCCGCAGAGACAGGCACAGAGACCAGGCAAGCUAAGCGGAUACGAGGAGGCACCGAUGGGACUGUUUGACGUUGCUCGCGGUGCAGCAUCGGCUCUGCGCAAGAACGCAUUCCCAUUGACUUCUGCUACCCCGGCGAACAGUAGUAGAAGCAUGACGAACAGCUCUGGCGAGGAAGGACAAGGGGCAGAGACACCUCGGACGCGGAAGAGAGAUGUUGUGAGUAACCUGGUGACGGAGGGACUGGUCAGCGGCAUAGGAUGGGUAAUCGGAGCACCAGCACCAGCACCAGCAUCUGCUUCGGGUCGCGGAAGUCCAGAGUAG